AUAAGCAUUAAGCAAGAAGCGGGGCUAAACUGAAGCAGAGUUGCCAGCCAUAUCCACAGAAAGACCAGAGGGCGUUCAAAAAUGGCUGUCGCGGGCCGUUUUCUGCUCAGGUCUUUCUCUCAUUCCUCCUCCACCGCCACCUCCACUCUCCAAGAAAUCGCUUCUAACAACCACAAGGGUACUGCCAAGGUUGUCCUUAAGAAAGGGAAAACCCAAAUAUUUAGGGAAGGAAGUCCAAUGGUUUAUAGUGGGGCAGUAGAUAGGAUAAUCGGCAGACCACCACCCAAGACUGGUGACAUAGUUCUCGUGGCUGAUGGGACUGAAAAACCUAUUGGUUGGGGGCUGUAUAAUUCAGUUUCUAUGUUCUGUGUUCGAAUCAUGCAGCUAGAAGAAGAAGCAAUAGGAGAUCCACUUUGUGCCUUGAACAUGGAGAAACUGGUUGAAAGACGAAUUGAUGCAGCUGUUAAAUUACGCAAGAAUUUAGGGCUCCCUUCUAAGAAUACAAACACAUAUCGUCUUGUCAACAGUGAAGGAGAUAGAUUGUCAGGUCUUAUCAUUGAUAUAUUUGGAGAUGUAGCUGUUAUAGCAUCAUCAGCAGCUUGGGUCGAGAAAUAUAAGCCACAGAUAGAAGGUUGCAUUGGUAGAUUAGAUGCCAUCACUAAUAUAUGCUGGAGACGUUCUACUGAGAUAUUAAAGGAAGAAGGAAUUGAUUUAUCUAAUCUUGUGGAAGUACAACCAUCGGCUUCUACGGAAAGUGUAAAGGUUGUAGAGAAUGGAAUUUCUUAUGUUAUUUCACUCGAAGGCCAGAAAACAGGAUUUUAUGCUGAUCAGCGUGAAAACCGCCAGUUUAUACGUAACAUUUCAGAAGGCCAAAGAGUUCUUGAUAUGUGCUGCUAUACAGGUGGUUUUGCUCUAAAUGCAGCCAGUGGAAAUGCUACAAGUGUUACUGGUGUUGAUUCUUCAUCACCUGCUUUGGAGCUAGCCAACCAAAAUAUUGCUCUCAAUCAUCUGGAUACCAGACGAAUAUCAUUUUUGAAACAAGAUGCAACUCUUUUUAUGAAGGAUGCUCUUUCCAGGAAUGAAUUAUGGGACAUUGUUAUCAUGGAUCCCCCCAAACUGGCCCCUCGAAAGAAGGUCCUACAGAGUGCAGCCGGUAUGUAUAGAAACUUGAACUUGUUGGCCAUGAAAUUAACAAAGAGGGGAGGACUUCUUAUGACUUGCUCAUGUUCUGGAGCUAUGACCCAAAGCGGGAAGUUCCUCAGUGUUCUUCAGGCAACUGCAUCAAUGUCCGGCAGAAAAAUCACAGUUAUACGACAAGCUGGAGCAGCAUGUGAUCAUCCCAUUGACCCCGCUUAUCCAGAAGGAGCUUACCUUACCAAUAUCUUGCUUAGAGUACUCUAAGCAUAAUUGCCUCUUACUGUUCCCCCCUAACCAGUACUGAUCAGAAAUUCCAUCUUUAGCUAAUAGAGAUGAUAGAGAAGUAUCUACAAUGUUUGUUUAGCUGUGGCAUAUUUUUUAGCCAUUUUCCAAUCUAGCUUGUAG